AUCACCAAAACAAUUAAUUACCAUUACCAUUACCAUCCUCCUCAUCUUCUUCUUCCUUCAAAUCAUAAUUAUAAUCAUAAUUAUAAUUAUCUCAUUAAUUAUAACAAAAAUAACAACAAACUAAUUAAUGGAGGUAGCUAGGUUCCAUUGAUACACAUUAUUACUUGUGUAAUCUAUGGUAUUUGCGGAAUCCGAGAAGCCCGGAAUCCGCAAUGGAAUCAGAUGAAUAGAAUAAUCUCAACCCCGGCGUCCAAAUUCCGCCAUUUUCGGCGCCAGCUGGGAAAUAAACCCGGGACGGAGAAAGCGACUAGUGUGGACGAGCACCCAACACACAUUCUAUGGAGGUACCAAAUCUUAGCACCGGACAGCGACAUUGUUGGCCUUUGGAACCACCUCUUUCUCUUCACCAGUUUGGUGGCUCUGUUCAUAGACCCUCUCUAUUUCUUCCUCCCUUACAUAGGAGGCCCAGCUUGCUUGUCCACAGACGUUGAUUUGGGGAUCACCAUCACCUACUUCCGCUCUGUCUUCGACCUCUUCUUCUUCCUCCACAUGCUCAUGAAGUUCCGCACCGCCUUCGUCGCUCCCAGCUCUAGAGUUUUCGGCCGCGGUGAGCUUGUUAUGGACGCAAGACAGAUCGCCAUGCGCUAUUUGAAGUCUGAUUUUCUUAUUGAUCUUGCAGCCGCUAUUCCAUUGCCCCAGAUAUUUAUUUGGUUAGUGAUUCCGGGGACAAGAAACUCAAGAGCAGAUCAUGCAAACAACACUCUAGCUCUGUUCGUUCUCAUUCAAUACAUUCCUAGACUUUUUCUCAUGUUCCCUUUGAACCAACGUAUUAUCAAAACUACUGGCGUUGUAACCAAAACAGCUUGGGCUGGCGCAGCAUACAAUCUUGUUCUUUACAUGCUAGCAAGUCAUGUAUUAGGAGCUUCGUGGUACUUGUUAUCUUUAGGAAAACAAUUCUCAUGUUGGCAAACAGAGUGUACUAAGGAAAGUACCUCAAAACUUGUCCCUUGUAUCCCCUCUUUUCUAGAUUGUAACAGCUUACAACACCCUGAUCGAAAAUUCUGGUUGAACGUUACUCGUCUAACCACCAAAUGUGAUGUAUCAAAUGAUAAUGCUGCCUUCAAGUUUGGAAUGUUUGAAGAUGCUUAUGUUAAUGAUGUUGCCUCCUCAAGGUUUCUUGAGAAGUACUUGUAUUGUCUUUGGUGGGGUUUGAGAAACUUAAGUUCAUACGGAACGAAUUUGGACACAAGUAGAUUUAUUGGGGAGACAAUCUUUUGCAUUCUUUUAUGCAUGAUUGGUUUGAUUUUGUUCUCACAUUUGAUUGGAAACAUGCAGACAUACUUACAAUCAAUGACGGUGAGACUUGAAGAAUGGAGAGUGAAGCGAAGAGAUACAGAGGAAUGGAUGAGGCAUCGGCAGUUACCACCAGAUUUGCAAGAGCGUGUUCGUCGAUUCGUGCAGUAUCAAUGGCUUGCCACACGAGGUGUCAAUGAGGAAUUCAUACUCCGUUCUUUACCUUUGGACCUUCGUCGUGAAAUUCAACGCCAUUUGUGUCUUGCACUUGUUCGCCGAGUCCCCUUCUUUUCACAAAUGGAUGACCAACUUCUCGAUGCUAUAUGUGAGCGUUUAGUGUCAUCACUGAGUAUCCAAGGCACUUACAUACUUCAAGAAGAUGAUCCUGUAAAUGAGAUGUUGUUUAUUAUCAGAGGACAACUCGAGAGCUCAACUACUAAUGGUGGUAGAUCCGGGUUUUUCAAUUCCAUAACUCUAAGACCAGGAGACUUUUGUGGUGAAGAGUUACUUACUUGGGCCUUGAUGCCAAGCUCUAGUAUGCACUUACCUUCUUCCACUAGAACAGUUCGAGCAUUGACUGAGGUUGAAGCUUUCGCGCUUAGAGCUGAGGAUCUUAAGUUUGUUUCGGGUCAGUUCAAGCGAAUGCACAGCAAGAAACUUCAACAUGCUUUCAGGUAUUACUCUCACAAUUGGAGAACAUGGGGUGCUUGCUUUAUACAAGCUGCUUGGAGAAGGUAUAAGAAAAGGAAGAUGGCAAAGGAGCUAGCUAUGCAUGAGAGCUCUUACUACUAUAACCGAAAUUCAGGACAAGAGGGUGAAGAGGAGGAGGGUGGGAUAUUUGAGAUGAGUGAAAGUGAAACACCUUUAACUGGCAGAGCUAGCAAUGCCCAGAAUUUUGGUGCCACAAUUCUGGCUUCUAAAUUUGCUGCAAAUACCAGAAGAGGGGUUAACCAGAAAGUUCAAGCCACUGGCCCUUCUACUAAUGCUUCUUCCACUAGCUUAAAGAUGCCUAAGUUUCUUAAGCCAGAUGAGCCUGAUUUCUCUUUAUAUCAUGAGGAUGAUGUGUAGUGAAACUAACCAGUUUAGAAAGAGUGAUGUAAAUGAAUACCAAUAGUUUAGUGAUACCAGUACUUAAAUCUCAAUUUGUGGCAUUUAAUUUUGUUUUUAUAGGAGACUUUGUUGGAAUAAUAGUAAUAGAAUUGAACAAUAUAAACAAAGAGAAAAACAAAUGAAAACUAACAUGGAAGACUGAUACUAAAAGAAUAGAAUGAGUUCAUUUUUUUAUACAAUAUUGAGUUCCUUU